CUGUGCACAGCCGGACGCUCACCUUCCGCGACCUGAGGCACAGCUGCAACGCGUACUGCAACUGCUCGGGCGUCGGUUACGACCCGGUGUGUGGGAGCGACAACUUCACAUACUACUCGCCCUGCGUUGCCGGAUGCGGCCACGUCAGGAACUUCAGGAAGACCAAGCUGUACGCUCAGUGCACUUGCGUUCACGGCCCGAACCUGUUCCUGGAUUCCGAAGGAGAGGGGAAUGAGACGGGUUACUACUACAUGGCCAGGCGAGACCCGUGCGCCGCCGACUGCGGCCUCAUCGUGGUUUACGCCGCCGCCAUAUUCAUCGCGCUCUUCUUCACCUUCCUCCUCAUCGUUCCCGCCCUAACAGCGCUUCUGCGCGCACUCGACGAAGAUAUUAAGUCUACCGGAAUAGGCGUCAACUAUGUCGCCAUCAGAAUACUGGGCACCAUUCCAGGCCCAAUAUUAUUCGGUCACCUGAUCGACCGCAGUUGCGUUCUGUGGGAAGGCACGUGCAGCGGUGGCUCGGGCGCCUGCGCCAUCUAUGAGAACUCGGCCAUGGGCAUGAACCUGUUCCGCAUCAUGCUGAGCGUUAAGUCGGCCUCCAUAGUGUUCUUCUUCUGCGCCUCAAUAAGCAUCAAGACGCAGAGCCUCUCGUCAAGCGUGCCGACAGGAGGGACACCUCAAGCUCAAGAGGCCGAAGACGACAGGCCCUGCGAGCAGCAAGGAGAUGGUGGCAUUGCCAGUGUGGAUACCGACGUCAAGGACAAAGAUAGGGUAAACGGCGGCAACGAAGGGAGGACUGCGCUCGACGAACCGAAUGGACAAGCAUCGAGCAAGGAAAGGCUUAUCCCGCCUGCAAAAAAAAAGAAAAAAGAAAGAAAGAGAAAAGGCGCUAAUUAA